AACAGCUCCACAGCCUCUCGGUGUAGUUUGACGUGCAUGUGGCGAGCUCGCAUCUCCACGCAAGGAAUUUGAUACAGGCGGGGAAGCAGGAGAUCGCCGCAAUGGUGCAUCACUCAGGCUCCAUCCAGUCCUUCAAGCAGCAGAAAGGCAUGCACACGAGCAUCAGUGAGAUCCUGAAGGAGAAGAGCCUGAAGCCGUCCCGCCGCAGUCUGCCCUGCUUAGCCCAGAGUCAGACCCAUCCUAUCAACCUCAACCACUUCCUGUCUGUGCCACUGAGCCCGGAGCCCAAAGCCCAGGAUGAGGUUCUGAGUCAGAGCAUCAGCACCUCCUGCAGCCUCCUCCCUCCAGCAGAGGUUGGCAAGGAUCACUACACGGAAGAGUCCGAGGUCUCCACAUGUGAAACCAGAGUAGACAAGUCACUUCUGCCCCGAAAACCCAGCACACGGGCUCAUGGAGGGGCCCGCACAUAUUCCCUCAAGGGGAGAAAUCCAUCGGAUGAAACUGGUCUCUUCUUCAGAGAUGGGAAAAAGCGCAUCGACUACAUCCUGGUUUACAAAAAGUCCAGUCCACAGGUGGAAAAGAGGUGCACCUUUGAGAAGAAUUUACGUGCUGAGGGCUUAAUGCUGGAAAAGGAGCCUUCCCUGACAAACAACGACAUCAUGUUUGUGAAGAUCCAUGCUCCCUGGGACACACUUUGCAAAUACGCCGAGCAGAUGAACAUCCGGAUGCCUUUCAGGAAAAAAUGCUACUUUACAGACUGGAAAAGCAAAACCUUGGGCAGCCGCUUUCAUCUGAGAUGUCGUCAGAUAAAGAGCUGGCUUCCCAGAAAUCCCAUGAAGCUGGACAAAGAGGCUCUGCCUGACCUGGAAGAGACCGACUGCUACACUGCUCCCUUCAGUAGGGCACGUACGCAUCACUUCACCAUCAACAACAGAGAGACCUUCUUCUCCAACUCUACCCGAAGCAGAAUAGUCCACCAUGUCCUGCAGCGCACAAAGUAUGAGGAUGGAAAGCCAAAAAUGGGAAUCAACCGAUUAUUGGGCAACAACACCUAUGAGGCUGCCUUCCCUCCACAUGAGGGUGGAUACAAGAGCAGACAUCCCAUCAAGACGCAUGGUGCCCAGAACCACAGACACCUCCUUUAUGAGCGCUGGGCUCGCUGGGGGAUCUGGUACAAGUACCAGCCUCUGGACCUCAUCAGACGCUACUUUGGAGAGAAAAUCGGCCUUUACUUUGCAUGGUUGGGCUGGUACACGGGCAUGUUGAUCCCUGCUGCUCUGGUUGGCCUGUUUGUCUUCCUCUACGGACUCUUCACCAUGGACUCCAGCCAAGUCAGUAGAGAGAUUUGUGAAGCCAACACGACUAUCAUGUGUCCGAUGUGCGAGGAAACCUGCGAGCCGUGGACGCUAAGUGACAGUUGUGUCUAUGCAAAGGUGACCCAUUUGUUCGACAAUGGUGGCACUGUUUUCUUCGCUAUCUUCAUGGCAAUCUGGGCCACCGUCUUCCUGGAGUUUUGGAAAAGGAGGAGAGCGGAGCUGACUUACGACUGGGAUCUCAUUGACUGGGAGGAGGAGGAGGAGGAGCUGAGGCCUCAGUUCGAAGCCAAAUAUUCCAGAGUGGAGAGAGUAAACCCCAUAUCUGGCAAACCCGAGCCUUUCCAGCCCUUCUCAGACAAACUCAGCCGGCUCAUGGUGUCUGUGUCCGGAAUAUUCUUCAUGAUUUCUCUGGUCCUGACCGCCGUGUUUGCAGUGGUGGUUUUCCGUCUCAUCGCCAUGGAGAAAUUUGCCUCCUUCAACUGGCAUUUUGUGAAGAAGAACUGGCAGUUUGCCACCUCUGGCACUGGCGUCUGCAUCAACUUCAUGAUCAUCAUGUCUCUCAACGUGGUGUAUGAAAAGGUGGCCUAUCUGCUGACCAAUUUAGAGCAUCCACGGACUGAGUCUGAGUGGGAGAACAGCUUUGCUCUCAAGAUGUUCCUCUUCCAGUUUGUAAAUCUGAACAGUUCCACGUUUUACAUCGCGUUCUUCCUGGGAAGGUUUGCUGGCAGGCCUGGAAAAUACAACAAACUCUUUAAUCGAUGGCGACUGGAGGAGUGUCAUCCAAGUGGCUGCUUGAUUGAUCUGUGCCUGCAAAUGGGCGUCAUCAUGUUUUUCAAGCAAAUCUGGAACAACUUCAUGGAGCUUGGUUAUCCUUUGCUGCAGAACUGGUGGUCCCGUAGGAAGAUCAAGAAAGGAGGGGGUGCUGUUGGUGGAGGCCAGAACGUGGAAAGUAAAAAUCAGCUCCCACAGUGGGAUAAAGACUGGAAUCUGCAGCCCAUGAACACGCACGGCCUGGUGGACGAGUACCUUGAAAUGGUCCUGCAGUUUGGGUUCACCACCAUCUUUGUAGCAGCGUUCCCGUUGGCGCCUCUCCUCGCCUUGCUCAACAACAUAAUCGAGAUUCGCCUUGACGCCUACAAGUUUGUCACCCAGUGGAGGAGACCCAUGCCAGCCCGAGCCACUGAUAUAGGUAUCUGGCAUGGGAUCCUUGAAGGUAUCGGUGUUCUGGCCGUCAUAACCAACGCCUUUGUUAUCGCUAUCACCUCGGACUACAUUCCCCGCUUUGUUUAUGCCUUCAAAUAUGGCCCCUGCGUGGACAAGGGGUACCACCAUGACGACGAAUGUUUCCGAGGCUACAUGAACAGCAGCCUGUCAGUGUUUGACAUGAGCGAGCUGAAGAACAGCAGUCAGUCCAAAUACUGCAGGUACCGAGAUUACAGAGCCCCGCCCUGGAGCACGGUGCCCUACGAGUUCACUCUGCAGUUCUGGCACGUCCUGGCUGCCAGGCUGGCCUUCAUAAUCGUCUUUGAGCACCUGGUGUUUGGCAUCAAAUCCUUCAUUGCGUACCUCAUCCCGGACAUGCCCAAGGACCUGUGUGACCGCAUGCGCAGGGAGAAGUACCUGAUGCAGGAGAUGAUGUACGAGGCCGAGCUGGAGCACCUGCAGAAGGAGCGGAAGAAGAACGGACGGCGUUUUCACCACGAGUGGCCUUAACUUUCUACCCCCCUCCCCUCCCCUCACAUCUCCCCCUCUCAACGCCACGCAGUCCUCGACUCCUCCCUCCCUCCUUUUGUCUGCUUCUCUCCUUGAAUUUGAGCGGAUUCACCAAAGACACUCUCUUCGCUAAUGACACUCCAAAGCUGCUUCAGCAUGAGCCGUCACCCCGACCCCUCCCUCGCCAUCUGUUCCCGUGCUGACACAGCCCCACACAACCCCUCCCUCUGCUGUGUGCUGUGUCAUGGCCUCACUGCUGUAUUACAGUUGUAAUGUUUACUAUGCAGAUGAAGCGGUUCACUUCGUCAGCCAUCUUGCACUGUCUCUCUCUCUCUUUCUGUGUGGCAGCUAGCUCUCGUCUGCUCGGAAUCCUGCAGUCAGCUGCAUGGUUUUUUUUGGUCGUUUUCUUUUCGUCAUCAGAACCCUGGCGGUUCCCGAAUAGAGUACAUCGCCCCCAUGAAGCAUGCUGAUGCUAUUGGUGUUAAACAGCAGCAGUGAUCAUGGAGACUUGUCCGAGGAAGCCUGCAGAAUGUGCAUGUCAGUGUUGUUGUGUUCCUUCUUGGUGCCUGGUGUGUGUGUCAGUGUGUGUUUGUUGUGCCACAGCUGAGCUUGAGUUUGCAGAGUGCGAACAUGAUCGUGCCUACUGUACAGUUAUGCGCCGACAUCACGUGUGCCUGUUUGUGCUGCACGUGCGCUUUCAAGUGCGAGAAAGCCUCUCUUAUCUACUUGUUCUGGUGUAGAACUUUCUCCUGAGUGGGUUUGCUUUUGACGUGAGUCACCCACAGUCGGGUACCUACUCCGGUCUAAUGGCUCCGAAACAACAGUGUUCGCCGAAACGUGACUCCCAUUAUGAGUGACGCUUGCACGCAGCAGCCACAAAUCUGCUUCCUUUUCUCUCUCUUUUCUCUCUGUACCCAUAGCCUGUUUUCCAUUUGUUGUUGGAAGGUCUGAAGCAUGAUUUGGACAUACCUGUGGCUUGGAUGUUCGCUGCACAAAGAACAUCCAACCGCUGUUGCUCACUCACACGCAAAGAAGCACUUACAGGUUCCAAGGGGCGGAUGAGAAUAUUAGGUCAGCUGCGGUUGAAAGCCACAUUCUGAUGGUAAUUGCUGUGAAGUGUGGCUGCUUCAACUGAAAGACACGGUGUGGCUCUUGCCCAACAGCGACAAUUCCGUACGGCAGCGUGAAUGAACAACACAUUCCACACCAAAAGUCCCAAUCAUAUCUUCAAAACUCAAACAUACGUGAGAUUUGUAUUUAUAUAAACAGCUGUGGGUUUUUUGACAAAACACACAAUGAAAUAAUAUGCAAACAGUUAAUCAUGGUAAUUAAAUAAAUUAUAUAAUAGGGGUGUCCAUAACUUUUUCACAUCCGAUAAUGCAGUGUUUUCAACCUUUUCUGAGCCAAGGCACAUUUUUUUCAUUGAAAAAAUCCCGAGGCACCACCAGCAGAAAACAUUAAAAAAUGAAACAAAGCAGCCGAUAUUAACAAUAAAAAGUCGUUCUCGCAAUUGUUGGAUAUGAAUUCAAACCAUAACCAAGCAUGCAUCACUAUAGCUCUUGUCUCAAAGUAGGCGUACUGUCACAUCACGCCGUGACUUAUUUUGAGUUUUUGGCGUUUUCCUGUGUGUAGUGUUUUAGUUCUUGUCUUGCGCUCCUAUUUUGAUGUUGAUUGUCAUGUCAGCGUCUUCAGUAUUGCGGACGCUGUAUCGAUUCGUUGUGGUGAAGAAGGAGGAGCUGAGCCGGAAGGCAAAGCUCUCAAUUUACCGGUCGAUCUACGUUCCCAUCCUCACCUAUGGUCAUGAGCUUUGGGUUAUGACCGAAAGGACAAGAUCACGGGUACAAGCGGCCGAAAUGAGUUUCCUCCGCCGGGUGGCGGGGCUCUCCCUUAGAGAUAGGGUGAGAAGCUCUGUCAUCCGGGAGGAACUCAAAGUAAAGCCGCUGCUCCUCCACAUCGAGAGGAGCCAGAUGAGGUGGUUCGGGCAUCUGGUCAGGAUGCCUCCCGAACGCCUCCCUAGGGAGGUGUUUAGGGCGCGUCCGACCGGUAGGAGGCCACGGGGAAGACCCAGGACACGUUGGGAAGACUAUGUCUCCCGGCUGGCCUGGGAACGCCUCGGGAUCCCCCGGGAAGAGCUGGACGAAGUGGCUGGGGAGAGGGAAAUCUGGGUUUCCCUGCUUAGGCUGCUCGGAUAAGCAGAAGAAGAUGGAUGGAUGGAUGGAUGUCAUGUCAUGUACGGAUGUAUUUUGUGGACGCUGUCUGCUCCACACGCUUUAAGUCUUUGCUGUCGUCCAGCAUUCUGUUUUUGUUUACUUUGCAGCCAGUUCAGUUUUAGCUUCAUUUUGCAUAGCCACCCCUAAGCUGCAAUGCCUUUUCUUAGCGGCACUCGCCUUUUGUUUAUUUUUGGUUUAAGCGUUAGAUACCUUUUCAUUGUCGUUCCGGUCAUCUACAAAUCAAUUAGCUACCUGCUGCCACCUACUGAUAUGGAAGAGUAUUACACGGUUACUGUGCCGAGCUCUAGACAGCACAGAUACUCAACAACGGCACAUUUGCGGUUUAUAAUUACUGGUUUGCAAAAAAUAUUUGUAAUCCAAUUAGGUGAAAAUACAUAAUCUCCCACGGCACACCAAACAAUAUCUCAUGGCACAAUAGUGUGCCGUGGCACAGUGGUUGAAAAACACUGCGAUAAGGUACCGAUAUUGAUCCGAUACGUCACAAGGGUAGGGAACCUUUUUGGCUGAGAGAGCCAACAAAGCCAAAUAUUUUAAAAUGUAUGAGAGCCAUAUAAUAUAUUUUUUAGCACUAAAUACAACUAAAUGUGUGCAUUUUUAAGUAAGACCUACAUUUUUAGAGUAUAAUAAGUCUCUUAUUCUUUUUAAUAACAUUGCUAUUCUGAAGCUAACCAAUAAUAGAUCAAAUACGUUUACCAUUAAUGCGACUUCUUGAACAGGUGCGGUAGGAAACGGUUUGAUGGAUUAAAAUGCAUGAGAAUGUUUUAUAUUUUGAACGUUAUUUUUGACACUGUGAUUACCAGCGGAAUUAUCCAUUACGUAUCGUGUUAAGCAAUGUCAGCUAAGAUUUAGGCAGUCAUCAAAAGAGCCACAUCUGGCUCGAGAGCCAUCGGUUCCCUACACUUGCGAUACGAUAUCAGCAUGACUCAUACAUUUGUUAUUUUGUAGUGUGCAAUUUUAGAAAAUUAUUGAACAGGUGAAAUUACUCGGAAAACAAUAAUAGGUGUGAAAAAGUAGGGUUGUGAUGAUUGAAAAAGUUCAUAUUAUAGUGACCAAAAUUAUCGUUAUUAUCGUGGUAUUAUUGAAUCUGCUCAAAAAGUGCUUAGACACACUCUGAAAUAUUUUCACCAGGUUAUUUUUUUAUUACCAGAAUAAAAAGGUUAUGGGUUAGAACCCUAAAAAAAAAAAAAUUGCAUGAUUUGUGUUUCUUAUGCUUCAUUCACUAAUAGUGCUUUAGUCUUAGUAUUGUAUCUGUUUUAAUGACUAAGCUUUUAUUGUUUUAAAUAUUGGUUUGUACUAUAGCACAAUUAAGAUUUAUUGGAAUUAAAAUGGAAAAAAAUUAUAUAUAGUUUCUGGCAGGUGUUGUGACGUCUUAUACUCUAUUCAGUGGUUUUUAACGAACUGUAAAAACACUUUCUUGUAUUCCUCUCCUCCCCUACACAGCGUGUAGGUUCAAUUUACACAACUGAAUAGCUUAGUUGCUCAGACAAAAAUGUGUUUGUAUAAGUUUAGUUUGAGGAAUGUUGUUAGUUAAUGGCGAAAGAUGUUAAUGUCUCUUGUUUUCAUGUUGGUAUUCAAGCCAGCGAGCUGGUGCCAGUCGGUGAGUUCAUCAAAGUGCAGUUAUCAAUCACGUUUUGUUAAUAAUUUAAAUUUAAAAACAAUUAUACUAACCGUCUGGAGUUUCAUUAACCGUUUAUUGUUACAUCCUUAACAGCCUUUGUUUUUUUAAACAUUAUAAACUGUACGGAUUAGACUUAUGCUAUGUUUAAGUUGAGGCCGAUGGAUGGACUGGUAAUUGUUUUUGGCGGAACCUAGUGGCCACAAUAAUUAAGUUAAGCUUAUAAGAGAGUAACGAUUAGGGUUUUAGUUUAUUUCGAACAUACAUUGUCUGUCUAUCUGUGUUGGCCCUGUGAUGAGGUGGCGACUUGUCCAGGGUGUACCCCGCCUUCCGCACGAAUGCAGCUGAUAAUGGAUGGAUGGAUGGAUGGAUACAGUUCCAAUGUGGUACAUAUCACAUAUUUCCAGUUUCUCAUUCCGAAAAGAAGCAGAUCUUAUUUAAUCCGACCCAUUUUCCUUUUCAUAGCAAUUGCUAACACGUGUUUGUUCACUUCCUGUGUUUAAUCUAACACAAGUUUAAAAAAAAUCAGUUUUUAUGAAUGAAUAGUUAAAUUGUGAGUCACAUUUUUAUAGAAUGGACUUUUGCUGUCUUUAAAGUGGAACUGCACUUUUUUGGAAAUUUAGUUUAUCAUUCAUAAUCCUUAUGUAGGACAAGCACACAUGUUUUUCUGUUUUUAUGCAUUCUCACUAAUAAAUAAAUGUGAUCAAAAAGUCUGCUUACAAUGGAGCCUAUGGGAGUCGCUCUAUCCCGCCGAUAAAGCGCUUGAAAAAAACAUCGAUACACUUCCAUCAAUUUUUUUUAAUUUUUUUAAUUGAAUUAUAUUUAUAUAGCGCUUUUCUCAAGUGAAACAAAGCGCUUUACAUUGUGAAACCCAAUAUAAAUUACUUUUUUUUUUCAUCAAUGUUUUAUAUACACGUACUGUAGGUAUAUGUGUAAUGUAGUAGAAGGCACAUUCAUAAUAUCAUGUAAUAUUUACGUAGUUGGAUCAUUUCAAGCAUAUGGCGGCAAAAUGCAUCACAACGUUUGCCUUUUUCUUCGACAACAUCACUGAUUAGUACUGACUGCAGACUUCAUGAGAGCCAACAAACAUAAUAAAACAUCACCUACUGUACAGUGUCUGCUGUCAUUGGGAUGCCGACUGUGAGGAAUGACUCUUAAUCCUCGCAAAGAAAAAAGAGGGGAGGAAACAAGCGCCUUUUCGUGUCUUUCUCACCAUUUCCGAGUCUAAAUUUGAUGCAAACUUGUCCAACUUGUCGUUUUUUGUCUUCAUUCUUCUACUAUCAAGGUGAGAGACAUUUGCAUUAUUUAUGAACUAGAAUAAACUUCCACGAGCUCUGAGGCGAGAAAGCAGCUCACAAGCUUGUUAGCUAUCUCUGAUUACGGCGCCACUAUAAAUAGAUCGUUUGCGUCCGCGCUUAUAAUAACAAUAUCACUAAUAGUUGGUUAAUAGUCAAGGCACAAAAUGUAAAUGCAGUAUUUUCGGCGCUUUUUGUAUGUUUUUUUUUUAGAAGACUUUGUGGGCGGAACAGAGGACCUCCCAUCGGCUUCACUGUAAGAUUACUUUUAUUUACGAGUUUGAGUGCAAUCUAAAAGAUACAUCCGUCCACUUGUCUCUUAAAAUGAUUGUGAACGAUAGACAAAAUUCCAAAAACGUGCAGUUCCCCUUUUAGUUGUAGUGGAGUGCUAAUUAGCUUUUGACGACACCUAGUAGCCAAAAUAAUUCAAAAUUAAGGUCAUAAGCAAUAAAUUGAAUCAUGCGGACACGCUUGCUACUUUUCUAAUAGGCUUCUGCUUUGGAGACUUUGUAUGUGUAAGUGAUAUGCAACUAUAAAGAUUUGAUACUUAUUUAUAUUGACAAUUGUGCUGUGUUGGAUUGCAAUAUUGUUCAAUUAAGGACACUUAUUACAUAUGUCUAGCUUGUGUGCUAUUGUGUGCUUAGCUAUUGUGUAGCUGCUAACUCCUAGUAGUCUAUAGCAUGCCAUGUUUACCUUUUGUAAAUGACUUAUUAUUAGAAUACAAGAAUGUUGCCUAUUGGAUGACAUUUAACUGUUAACUGGCUGUCCACCUUUGCACAAAUAGGACUGCUUGUAUCUCUUGUAUAUACAUUUAUCUUUAAAUUAAAAAUAUAUAUAAUGUUUCUGUAUCUGCUUAUAUCAGAUUUUAGAUACAAGCCGAUAUAAUCCUUGUUUGUUUUUCUGAUAUCAGUCCAAUAUCCGAUGUCAAUAAUAGAUGGGGACACCCCUAAUAUACAGGUAUAAUGUAAUUAUAAAAUAAUGGUUAAAUAAUUAUAAACUUCAAUAAAAAAUGAAUAAACACAAGAAAAACCGCUGGACGAACAGGAAAACCACUCAAUACAGUGGAACAAUUUUUCUUCAGUCAAACAAUUCAGAAAUCAACCAAAAAUAUUGAGGAAUGAUUCGGUUCUUAAGUUAAAUCAUCAUCACAUGGUGUCUAGGCUGAUCAGUACAAGAUGGCUAAGUAAAAUGCAUGUUGGGAAAGUAUGUGUGUGAAGUCUUAAUGCAGGGCAACAUAUCUUCCAGACAGCUUGAUAAACACAUGUUGUUCUUUUCUCUUAGCACUGAAAAGAGACAUAGUAACGCCUUGACCCGCAUAGAAGAUGACUGUGAGUAUAAGACAAUUUUUGUAAGAAACCCCCCCCCAAAAAAAAAUUUUUUUUUCCAAAAUCCUGCUUUUAAUAUCUGUGAAAUAACGAUAAUGGUAGAUUGCAACAAUAAAAAAAUAUAUAUAAUCUUUCUUAGCUAUUGAAGAACAUUGAAGACAAUUUUCCUAAAAUUAGCAUCAUAACGCAUCUUCUGUUCGCUAACUUUCCCAACUUUUGUGACAAUUAUUUGAAGCGGCCGUGUGUAAGUGGAGAGAAGAAAAGCUCUGACUUGCCUUGGAAAAAUGGGGUUUGGCGCCAGCUGUAAAUCUCUAGAGCAGGGCUAUUCAAUUGGUGUCGUCGGGGCCAAAUCCAGCCCGGAAAUGACACCAUAUCGGCCCCCAAUUUCAGUUCAAGAGUUUUCCUGUGGUAUAGAGGAACUAGGACCACUGUAAACACAUUGGAAGAACUGUGCAUUGACAUUUUAACCUUGCCAGCAAACACAGAACCUUGCGGUCUAAACUUGCGAUUGCCAUAAUGGAGGCGAUCCUCAAGGCACCCCUUUAAGUCCUCUACUUUUUGGCAGUUACAAUUUUUUUUCGUAAUGUGAUUUAAGUAACUAAAGUAUUGCUGCAGCUCCUUUAUUUCACAUGCAGUCAGUAGUCAUUUGUAGGAUUUCUUUCUAUACCUAUUCCUCAAAGUUCCAUUUUUAGUCCUCUUUUUCAUCAAUUGGGCUAUUCAACUGGUGGCCCACAAGUUCAGUUCAAAAACGCUGCUAGAGACUCACAAAUUUGCAGCAAACACUUAAAACAUUAUAGUGCUAUCCUAGCUUUUUUGCAGAAGGUCCUUAGAAACAGUAGAGCACUCCUUUAAUUGUGAAAUGAACAACCAAAUGUCUCCUAUAAAGGAUGUUGGUUCACCAGAAUAAACAAAAUAAAACUCCCAGGGUCCUGAGCUUUCUGGAAAUGUGGCCCCCAAAACAAUUAAAUUGAAUAUCUUUGCUCUAGAGCAGUGGUUCUUAACCUGGGUUUGAUCGAACCCUAGGGGUUCGGUGAGUCGGCCUCAGGGGUUCGGCGGAGGUCAAAACACACCCGACUCAUCGUGUAAAUACAAACUUCUCCCUAUCGGCGUAUUACGGAUACGGCAACAGUUGACUGGUUUGCAGGUGUGUAAUUGGUUGUGAGUUUAUGCACUGUGUUGGUUUUGUUGUUUGAACAAGGUGAUGUUCAUGCACGGUUCAUUUUAUGCACCAGUAAAAAAACAUGGUAACACUUUAGUAUGGGGAACAUAUUCACCAUUAAUUAGUUGCUUAUUAACAUGCAAAUUAGUAACAUAUUGGCUCUUAACUAGUCAUUAUUAAGUACUUAUUAAUGCCUUAUUCGGCAUGGCCUUAUUAUAACCCUAACCCUCUAACCCUAACCCUAACCAAAUAACUCUAAAUUAAGUCUUUAUUACUUAGAAUCACACUCCGCAGCCUUCCCGGUAAGGUCUAUUCAGGUGUACAGGAGAGGAGGUUACGCCGGAUAGUCGAACCUCGGAUUCAGGAGGAACAGUGUGGUUUUCGUCCUGGUCAUGGAACUGUGGACCAGCUCUAUACUCUCGGCAGGGUCCUUGAGGGUGCAUGGAAGUUUGCCCAACCAGUCUACAUGUGCUUUGUGGACUUGGAGAAGGCAUUCGACCGUGUCCCUCGGGAAGUCCUGUGGGGAGUGCUCAGAGAGUAUGGGGUAUGGGACUGUCUGAUAUUGGCGGUCCGCUCCCUGUAUAAUCAGUGUCAGAGCUUGGUCCGCAUUGCCGGCAGUAAGUCGGACACGUUUCCAGUGAGGGUUGGACUCCGCCAAGGCUGCCCUUUGUCACCGAUUCUGUUCAUAACUUUUAUGGACAGAAUUUCUAGGUGCAGUCAAGGCGUUGAGGGGAUCCGGUUUGGUGGCUGCAGGAUUAGGUCUCUGCUUUUUGCAGAUGAUGUGGUCCUGAUGGCUUCAUCUGGCCAGGAUCUUCAGCUGUCGCUGGAUCGGUUCGCAGCUGAGUGUGAAGCGACUGGGAUGAGAAUCAGCACCUCCAAGUCCGAGUCCAUGGUUCUAGCCCGGAAAAGGGUGGAGUGCCAUCUCCAGGUUGCGGAGGAGACCCUGCCCCAAGUGGAGGAGUUCAAGUACCUCGGAGUCUUGUUCACGAGUGAGGGAAGAGUGGAUCGUGAGAUCGACAGGCGGAUCGGUGCGGCGUCUUCAGUAAUGCGGACGCUGUAUCGAUCCGUUGUGGUGAAGAAGGAGCUGAGCCGGAAGGCAAAGCUCUCAAUUUACCGGUCGAUCUACGUUCCCAUCCUCACCUAUGGUCAUGAGCUGUGGGUUAUGACCGAAAGGACAAGAUCACAGGUACAAGCGACCGA